AUGUCCGAAUCGCUGGAGCUGGAGCUGGGAACGCCACAGGCGUCGCGGAUCCAAGAAGGCGUGCAGAAUGUGCUUGUCGAGCAUGAUCUUGCCAUGAAAGAUGAUACGGUCAUGGCAGAAUACGUCACGGUGAUGAUGGCAAAUCGCAAAGGACCUGACAUGAUUGCUGAGGAGUUGCGCGAGCUCAUUGGCGGUGAGCUAGAUGCCUCCAUCACGCAGAAGAUUUGGAAGUGCGCAUGCGAUGUGCUGUCUCCCCCGAAGACUCAUGCACAGGAGCGCGCACGCUCAGCGUCUCCGCCGCCGCCACCUCAGCCAGAGUCGACCGAGCAGCGCACCAAGGAUCGGUGGAACGACCAAAAACCUGCUCGCACGAAAAAGAAGCGAAGUGAGCGCAACGAGCGACGCGAAAACGCUGACGAAAAACCAGCAUCUGUGAGCAUACUGGGCCGGGCUGGCGUGCCUGAUCCACGCGCCGAGCCAUUCAUGCCCAUGCCACCGCCUCUCGCCGCCAUGGCGGCCAUGGCCGCCAUGUCGGGUGGCCCGUCGCUUUUUUCGCGUCUAGACCCUAUGAUGCCUGACAAUCCGCCACCCAUGCCGGGGGCGGGUUUGACGACUAUGCCUUCGUCUGUGCCUCGCGACAUGGCAGCUUUUCCUCAUGCGCCUGCUCAAAGUGCAUUGUGUCGUUGGUCUCUGCAAUGCACAAAUCCUAUGUGUGAAUACAGCCACCCAUCACCUGCUAAUGCAGGUCGUGGUGGUGAUCCGAGCGCGCUUGUACUCCGCACCGAUGCGUGUGAACAUGGCGCCGAGUGUACAGACAAGGAGUGUGUUUUGAGUCAUGUUAGUCCUGCUGUGGGCUUUAUCAAAGCACGUGGCUCUGUGCCACCUCCCUCGAUGCCGACUUUGGCUGGUGUGCCGUGCAAAUUUCAGCAGCAGUGCCUCAAUCCUGCGUGUACCUAUCUUCACUACGAUGCAAUGGGACGGAUAGUGCCGCCGCCAGGCCAAGGCAAUGCGAUUCCCUGUCGCUUCGGCUCAGCAUGCACGAGACCUGACUGCGUUUAUUCUCAUCCACCAAAGAGCCAGGUGCCUUGCCGUUAUGGCAGUGGAUGUACGCGGCCAGGCUGCUUCUACACACAUCCGCAAGAUGCGCCAUUGCGGCCCACAUCGGAUCGACUCAAGGCGUUUGCGACCGAGGACCCAGAUUGCGAGCGCAUUGUACCAGAGGAGCAAGCGGCGGCUGGUGUAUCAACAUAA